AAAAAACGAAAGAAAGAGAGCAAGCAAGCUAGAAAGAAAAAACGGCCUCUCUUUCUUCCGACAGAGCACCUCCAUCCCCAUGAUCUCAUGAAUAAAUUAUAGCGGCUCAUUGUGCAACAGAGGGAGGAAUGCAGUCGAGCAGACUCUCGCACACAUACACGCGCGCGCACGCUCUCACGCGCACACACGCACACGCACAGGAGAAGCAGCAGUAGCAGCACGAGAGGGACUCUCAGGAUUUACACAAAAACGUUUCAUUAAAACACACAGAUGCUGUGCGGUAGAGAGCUUAGGUUGCAUUUAAUCACGCAUGGAUCAUAAAAAUAUUCACUCGUAACGAAGUACCUGCGAAUAUGAUCCAGUUUUAAACGGUUUUAGUGUGUUUUCACGGCUUCCGAUUUGUGAGUUAAAGAGAUAUCUGAGGAAAGCGUGAAGGGCUUUUAUUUGGAUCUAUCUGCAGAUCCGAAUCUUUGAUUUUAAAACAUUUUAAAAAGGAUUUUCUAACCAAAAUCGCCCAACACGGAAUCAAAUCCAACCAACAGAUCAACCUAGGGCAGCCGGAUUGGAAGGCUCAUGCAGUCAUCAAAGCAAUGCAAGACUUGACCACAACACACCCACGACCUGAGAAAACAGAGACUGCCUGCUAGGUUGAGGAGAUUUGGGGUGCCCCGUAGACCCCUAGAUUCCUCCGAUGAACCCCAUCAACUCCAUGAAACCUGCCCUGCCUCCAACGCCACACAGUGACGCCUCUUACCCAUAUGAUCCUGUCCCCUGGCAGCAAGGCCCCAAUCAGCCUGCAGGCUCCCUCUCUGUGGUAACCACAGUGUGGGGGGUAACCAAUCCUUCAGUCAGCCAGGUUUUUGGCACUCCCAUGGGUCCAGGCGGAAACUCAGCCGGUGGUCACAUGAUGCCUGGCAACAGCCCAGGCAUGAACUCCCCUCAGUUUAUGGGCCAGCAGGGCUACCCUGAGCCCAACAAGGGCUACAUGCAGCAAGGCAUGUACGGGCGGCCCAGCGGAGGAUACCCAGCCGGGCCUGGAUAUGGGGGCAGCUACCCCAAUAAUGGAGGGGGAUCCAUGGGGAUGCCGCCUCAUGGAGUUCGCCCGCCCACUGACUUCACCCAAGCAGCCGCUGCAGCAGCCGUGGCUGCAGCCGCCGCCACGGCGACAGCCACUGCCACGGCAACAGUUGCCGCGAUACAGGAGAAGCAAAACCAAGAACUGAACUACGGGCCUAUGGGUGGCGCUUCCUCUUACAACACCCAGUUCCUGUCGCACUCUGGGCCCCGAGGCCCUCCCGGCAUGGCCCCGUCCGGAAUGGUUGGCUCCAGACCCCCUUCCAUGGGACCCAUGUACGCACAGCAGGGCCAGAGGUUGCCACAGCAUCCCAUCUACCAGGGAGGCCAACAGGGUCCUCUGCGACACCAGCAGGGACUGAAACGCCCCUACAACUCUGACGGAUUUCCGGGGCAGCAGUACGGUCCUGGAAUGGGAGCUGGGGGCCCAUACCAAGGCCAGCCUAUGCAGUACCAUGGCCCUGGACCACAGCGGUCUGCCCCUUCCCCAUCUUACCCAACCCAUCGAAUGCCCCUCCAGCAACCCAGUAUGGGCCAGUAUCCUGCAGGACCAGGAAACCCUGGUCAAUACUACAAGGACCAGUUUAACGGACAGGGCAACAGCCACAACAGCCUGUCCUCUGGAGUGACGGGAGCUGGAUACAACACCUUUAACCAGGCCUCUGUCAACGGGCCUGGACGUGCGAUGCCAGGAUAUCCCAGCUCUCCUCUCCCAGGAAACCCCACUCCUCCUAUGACCCCUGGCAGUUCAAUGCCCCCGUAUAUGUCCCCCGGCCAAGACGUCAAAUCGCCCUUCCUCCAUGACGUCAAGCCCAACAUCAACUCUCUGCAGCCCCCUACAGGGAACCCCAGUGAUGACCUGCGCCUGACGUUCCCAGUAAGGGAUGGUGUGGUGUUAGAACCCUUCAGACUGGAGCACAACCUGGCCGUCAGCAACCACGUCUUCCAGCUGCGAGACUCCGUCUAUAAGACCCUCAUGAUGAGGCCAGACCUGGAGCUGCAGUUUAAGUGCUAUCACCAUGAAGACCGGCAGAUGAACACCAACUGGCCGGCAUCGGUGCAGGUGAGCGUUAAUGCCACACCUCUCACCAUCGAGCGCGGGGACAACAAGACAUCCCACAAACCCCUGUACCUAAAGCAAGUGUGCCAGCCGGGACGCAACACCAUCCAGAUCACAGUCACGGCCUGUUGCUGUUCUCAUCUCUUCGUGCUGCAGCUGGUUCACAGACCGUCUGUGCGCUCUGUACUUCAGGGUCUCAUGAAGAAGAGACUCCUGCCAGCAGAGCACUGUGUCACUAAGAUUAAGAGGAACUUCAGUAGCGGUACCAUCCCCGGAACUCCCGGUCUUAAUGGCGAGGACGGCGUGGAGCAGACAGCCAUCAAGGUGUCGCUCAAGUGUCCAAUCACCUUCCGGCGCAUUCAGCUGCCUGCCAGGGGCCAUGACUGCAGACACAUACAGUGCUUUGACUUGGAGUCCUACCUGCAGCUCAACUGUGAGAGAGGAACUUGGCGUUGUCCUGUGUGCAAUAAGACGGCUCUUUUGGAGGGGCUAGAAGUGGACCAGUACAUGUUGGGAAUUCUUAUUUACAUCCAAAAUUCAGACUACGAAGAGAUCACCAUUGAUCCGGUAUGCAGCUGGAAGCCAGUCCCGGUGAAACCAGACCUGCACAUUAAAGAAGACCCAGAUGGUCCUGCCCUGAAACGCUGUCGCACCCUGAGCCCUAGUCACAUGAUCUUGCCCAGCGUCAUGGAGAUGAUUGCAGCCCUGGGACCGGCCUCCUCGCCCUACCAGUCUCUACCACAAGGUGGAAACAGUAACACGCCUGAUUAUCCCAGCCAAGGUGGCUCAGGAUACUCAAACCAAUCAGGCUUUUCGGACUUUCCUAAUGCCCCUGGCACCCCGAACCUGGGGGAGUUUGCUUCUGGGCCACCCCCUCUCUCUUACCAGUCAGACCUGCCUAGUGGACUCCUCACCCCGGAAAAACCUGUGGGACAUCCAAUGUCUGGACAGAUGUCCCACUCUAGUCGUAUGGACCCUUCCCACAAUUCCCUACAACCGCUGCAGCAACCACAGCAUAUAGCUCUCCAUGGCAACUCAAACAUGGGUGGACCCGGUGGACCCAUGCACUCCCGCAACUCCGGCCAGAAUCCACGGCUGCACACAGACAGCUUUGGGCUGGGUGGCCCCGGGGGGCCCGGAGAUGUUCCAGAGCCAGCCCUUGAUCUUCUCCCAGAGCUGACAAACCCAGAUGAGCUACUGUCCUACUUGGGACCACCCGACCUCCCCAACAACAGUAACGAUGACCUGCUCUCCCUGUUUGAGAGCAACUGAGCCCGAUCCCACUCAUUCGUCAGCCUACAGCAGCCGUCCAACAGACAGCUUCCCUAACCCCGCACACUCUCAGCUCAUCUUAGGGAGAUUUGGGAAGUGUAACAGAUAUCUGGUUGCGUAUUUGCACUGUUUCCUUCUGAGACUGGAAUGCAGUGCCUCAUGGGAAGGUGCAACAAAGAUCAUUUUUUCUUGUGACAAUGUUAUUGUUUGUCUGCUUCUCUGAACUGUCAAGAUUGUAUUGUGAAUUUCAGUUUGUAAGAGAUCCUUUCUCUCAAAUCAUUUGUAGAAAGACGCUUCAUUUCACAUCUGACUCGUGGUGUAAAUUGCAUUGUGUGGGGGGGCGGGUGGGACGGGGUCCCGAUAUUGUUUGUUUCUCAUUGCAGGUCCUGUUUUAAAUCUAAAUGAGAUGGGUAAUGAACUUUAGGAUGUAUCAAAAACAACAUGGGGGAAGCUAAAGUGUCUCACUUUUGUUGUAACUUGUACUAAAUACAAUUGAAAAACCGGGUAAACUUUCUAAGGUAUGCUGUAAAUCACAAACUCGGCUUACCUCAAGAGUUUAAACCUAAUUUUCUUAAUAAACAGGAAGACUUUUUAUGUUUGUUUUUUGUGCCCAAAGAUGACCACAAAGCAAGCGCCAUGUGAUGUAACAUGGUUACUUGCAAAACACCUCAAGUGUUGCCUUUUUAAAUAUGACAACUGAAGCAAUCACAGUUAGUCAGACCUUAAAGAGUAGCAUUAAAAAAGCGCACUAUUAAAUCCUUUUUUUUUUUUUUUACCUUGCCAAGAGGCGGUCAGUUAGAUGCACAUGUUGCGAUUUGCCUACAGCUGCAUACAAAAGAAGAUGAAGGCAAUGAAUCAGUUAUUUUAUGUAGCACCCACACAUGCGCACCACACUUGUGUAUUUUGGCACAAAUUCAAACAAAUUUUAUACCACACCCUGCUCUCAAAAUCUUGUUUGUUUUGUCUGUUAUUUUUUCCCCCUCAAUGUUCUUUUUUUUUAAAAACUGUCUUCCUCCACUGUGGAUUUCAAUUUACAUGGUCUGUGGACUUCUAUGAUGCCAUAAGGAAGGACUAGUUUCCCUGAUCAGUGUUGGUGCAAAGCACACCAUCACUUGUAGAUGCAUUUCAGUUUCCCUUAAAUAUGCAAGUGAGAGGGCUGUUAAAUGGUAGGAAAUUAGUUUUUGUCAUGAAAAUGUGUUCGCAAAAACUUUAAAACCUGACAGAGCACAAGCAGCCCAGUAGCACCUUGUAAACAGGUAAAAAAAAAACACACAAACGCACACGAGGUGGUCCAAACUAGGGCGUUUUUUCAUACAGAAACCUUCCCACAGUGACAUUUGAGUUUUGCUUGGACAAAUCUGGGUAGUUAGCAAGUUGCAAGCGGGUGUCACAACACAAAAUAGACUAAUGUUUAUACCUGCACUCAUAAUUGAGAAUGAAAACUUUGGGAUUCAUGUGAAAUAUGUACAGAUAUAGUAUUAUUGUUGCAGAUGUGAACUUUCUCUUAACCCCAUAAUAUGGAGGGGAAAAAAAGAUAAUUUUAAACACUAUGGCAAAAGCUUGUGUCAGAUAUGCUCUUCAUUCCCCAUUUUUCCAUUUAACAGUCGUUUUCUCGGCAGAGAAGGCGCAGAGGGGAGAUGAGUCUACUGUCGUUUCCUGUCUUGUCUGAUUUUAUUAUUUAUCAUCGUUCUUUGGGCACUGUUAGCAAAGUGCAGUUUGUGUAUUAACAAUACAGGGAGCAUCAAGAGUUGUUGGAUGUGCUUUUGUUCUUUUUUUCGUUUGAAGUAAUUUGUGUAUUAUACAAUUUUAUCUUUAAUGAUAUAAUAAUUGUAAUUAUAAUUAUAAAGAUAAUUGUUGGGCCUGUAUGCAUCUCUCUCUCUCUCUUCUGUGUUAACUAGCAAGAGUUUAUGAAUUUGUUAGAAAGAGAAAAUGAAUAAACCAUCAAAAUCUGUGACCAUGAUCAUGAGAAACUCUUGAGACCAGCAUCAUGUCACGUCACACUUGUUGAUCAAAUUGUAAAAAAAAAAAAGAAUUUUUGACUGUCAUGUGUUGGUGGAUCUUUAAGUUCUAUCAAUUGAAUUAAACAUGUACAAUUGAAAUCGAUUUGUUUUUCUAAAUAUGUGAAAUAUUUCCAUUGUUUUCUAAGUAAAGACUUAA